UCAUGGCGGUAGAGAUGAAUGUGUUCAGAAACAAAUUAGUGUUUGUUAUUGUUUUGUUGUUGACACAAUGCUCUGUGAACAUUUUCGUGUUAGCAUCAACGACGGUACCGCCUACUGGAGGUUCUACGGCUCCUGUAGGAACAGAGUCCUCACCUGCACCCACAUUACCAGCAUCCACAGUCCCUACGCCGCAAGUCCAGACAACAACCCCCAUUACCGCGACGCCAUCACCGAUACCUGUCAACACUGAUUUAGCUUAUUGUCCAUGUGAUGUAACUGGUAAUGCCUGUGAUGUUAACUGUUGUUGUGAUGGAGAUUGUACAGCAGAUGAUAGACUGGCAUUCAGUGAAUGCCUUAAUAUAUCUGUCAGUACUGAUGAUCGUUUAUGUAUGAGAUCUGAACUAAUUUUAUUUGAUAACUCACCAUAUGUUUCUAAUUAUACAUCCGAUGAAUUAUUCUGUUUGUACUUUGAUAAUAAUGCAGCUAGAAAUUAUUACACAAUACCAGACUUAGUUACAACUGAAGAGGUGUUUAAAUCUUAUGUUAAAGACUAUGCUGAGUUUUCUUUUGAACCAUCAAGCCCUGAACCAGUAACUUAUGGUGAUUACUACAAGAGUGGAGAUGAGAUCUAUAUUGUAUAUGAUAGCAGAUCUCAAGGUAAAUUAUCUUUACCUACUGCCCUGGCAUCAACUUUAUGUGCCGAUGGAAAUCCAGCAGCUUACUUGACAGAUACUCAAACACAGUGUAUACGGUCUAUCACUAGUUUGGCAACUCAAUGUACUAGUCUACCAUCUUUAUCAGCCAGUACAUAUUAUGAAGGUUUUCGUGUUGUAGUUUCACCAGCAUUAUUCCAGAAAUAUGUCCCCACAAAUGAUACAAAUUCUACAUCUACAGUUAAUUUAGAUAGUGUAACAGAUUUAUAUAAUAAUAGUUAUACAGUAGCUGUAGAGUUAGGAUCUAUAACAUGUAAAGAUGAGACAACUGGUCUUAUAGCAGCAUGCAAUAUAUCAUUACCAUCAUAUACUUCACCAACCUGUCUUAAUACAGUACUUCAGACUAGUUAUAUAAUACAACAUGAUGGUACUAAAGGUAUAACACAAGUUACAGUAGAUAUUUUACUAGGUUCUAUAUCAGAUACUACCAAUCUUCAUUCACAAGAUUUCUCUGUACAGUUUAAUGGCAUAAAUGAUGGAGAGAAGUUUAUACGAAGUGGUAAUCCAGGUUAUAGACAAGGUGAACCUUUAAUGGCAGGAGUCUUAAAUGGUACCACUGAUGCAGAUGGCAAUGUUAAUCAGGUGAUAUUAUUAAACAGUAAUAGAGAUGAAUGGUUAACUAUAGGAACUAGUGGUUCUACUGGGCAAUGUGGUACUUCAGAUAGAUUAUCUGUACAAUUUGGUCAAGAUAUACGAUCUGGUUGUUUCUUACAAAUAUCUCUGGCAAAUGUUACUGAUUACUGUGAACUUAUACAACAGCGUAUAAUAAACGCUUUAGAAGGAGAUCAGGCACCUGUAUAUGAUGUUGCAGCAGGUACAUUUGAUUCAACUCUACGUUAUGUGGCUACUUUUGGUAAUUCUGACCCAGAAAAGGUUGGGGAUUGGUUACCCAUCCAAGUUCAAAAUCGACCUAACCCAAGUCCAGCCAUAGGACAAAGAUGUUCUCUCUCAUUAGGAAUGGGUAUACAAGUGUUAUAUGCUAAAGUUGGUUCACUGACAAAUGCUCAAUCUAAAAUACUGGGUGUGGCCUUUGUUUACAACCAGGCAGAAGAUGUAUAUUAUAGAUGUGUUGGUCCAUAUUGUCAACCUGGAGCAGAUCUCAGUCAGAAACUAGAAAUUACAAGUUCUGUAACAUUUAUUGAUGUAUCAAACCCAGCUGUAGGUUUUGAAGCUGAACCACCGUUAUUCCUGGCCAAAGUACCAUAUGAUUUCUUUUAUCCAUUUCUCACAGGGACAGCUCCCACAAUUCAUCUUAAUUUAUUAAUUGUUCUGUUUGUUGUUUUAAAGACAGUAUGUUAUUUAUAGUAGUUAUCGUAUGUAGGUAUUUAUAUGUAAAUCAGUGGGAAUAUACAGUAGAUAGACAUGCGUAUAAUGGACAUUGAUUCAAUCCUAAAUUUCUCUUAAAUGCACAAGCCAUAUGUUGACAUAUAUAUGUCUCAAAACAAAAUUCAAAAAUAUAUGUAAAUAUUGUUAUUAUUAUGUAACUAAACACAUUUGAGUAUAAAAAAAACUUUCAAGAAUGGGCUGGCUUGUAUGAAAAAGCAACAUUAUUAUUAAUCCAAGGUAAAAAAAAAAGAUUGAAGCACUCCAAAGCAUAAAUUCUCAAGUAGGUAUAAAUAACAAAUUCAGAUUUGUUUCCCUAAUCACUGAAACUUUCUUAGUAGAAGGUUUUCUAUUAAAGGUGGUUUUAUUUGUUGAUUAGUGUUGGUUUCACAAUUAAAUAAUCAAUCAUUCCCUUUUUAUAUCUAUAAUUUGUAUAUAUGUAGAUAUUUGUAUGUAUGUAAAAUAAUACUUAUAGAAAUGACUGAAUAUUCAUUGUUAAAUUAUGUAUUCUCCGUCCAAUUUUAUUUAUACAUUUGUUAUAGAUAUGUACUAGUAUUUUAUUAAUUGAACAAGUAUAGAAAUUAAAUUAAAUAAUUACCAUCAUUUGCAUUAAUUUCAAAUUCAAUAUAGAUUUGUAAAAUAAAAAUAUAAAGUAGGGUUUAGUUUUGCUGGUAAAUCAGCAUUAGCACCCCUAAAACAAUAGUUGAUAGGCUAAUUAAGGCUGGUUGCUAACUUAAAAAAUAAUUUUUAACUUUUAUAAAAGUAGCAACCUAGUCUUUAAUUUAGACAAGCAGAUUAUCUGGAUCGCAUUUAAUUCAUUACUCAAUUAUGAUUACUCCCUGCAGGUUGCAUUAAUUUGAUGGCACAUUGAUUUCGUGUUUUACAGUUAUGUUGAAAAUAUAUCUUUAUCUCACAUAAUAAUCAUAUUAUUCUUUAUGUUCAUUUUAUAUGUUGAAUAUAGAAUAUGUAAAUCAUGAUCAUUGUGUUUUAGAUUUAUAAAUAUUUUUAU